AGCCCAAGAGAUUUAGCGUUGUUCAUAUCGGCCGAUUACCCAUCGUGGCUUUUUGUGAUAGGGUCAUGGUUUUGUUACCUUCUCAAUGUCGGUUAAUGAUGACUAUCUUGCAUACAAAUCACCUCGUUCCUACUGAAACAUUGGGUGUUCGUGGUGCUACUCGCCCAGAUAAUGGGUCUAGACCGGCCUCUCCGAUGGAGCUUACUCUUACAGUUGUUAUCUCUUGCACAAAACAUAAAGGAAGGCUGACGGGUACUGCCAUGAACAACAGGACCAAAUCAAAACAUGAAGGGCUUUCAUUCUUAGUAGGAUUAAAAAGGCAAAAGUACCAAGAGCCGGCCCUCUCCAGUUCAUCAUACAAGAGCACAAAAGCAGCCAUCCAGUUGACACAAAAUUGUAGGGGAUUGAGUCAAAAUAACAUAAACCGUGAUCGAUCCAUGAAGCAAUCCCGUGCGGCCGGGUUGCCCCUCACCCGAAGUUACACAACCAAGGGUCUCACGGAGCCUGCUCCAGCCACCGCUCGCAAUAACAUUGUCAAAUCUAGGGAAGAACUUGGUAACCUCCCUUGA